AUGGACCAGGGCGACGUCGCCGUGGCCGUGCCCGCCGCAGUGCCCUCCCCGUCCUGCGCCGGCGCCGGCUGCAAGAAGAACAAGCGCCUCGAGAUCAAGAAGUGGAACGCCGUCGCGCUCUGGGCCUGGGACAUCGUGGUCGACAACUGCGCCAUCUGCCGCAACCACAUCAUGGACCUCUGCAUCGAGUGCCAGGCGAACCAGGCCAGCGUUACCAGCGAGGAGUGCACCGUCGCUUGGGGAGUUUGCAACCACGCCUUCCACUUCCACUGCAUCAGCCGUUGGCUCAAGACCCGUCAAGUGUGCCCUCUAGACAACAGCGAGUGGGAGUUCCAGAAGUAUGGUCACUAAGAAGACAGACAUGGCCAGGGGGCGAGGUUACUACAUGGUUUUCGUACUUCGGUGUUAGUAGUUGAUAGGUAACUCCUGGUUAAGAAAUAGGGGAUGGUUGGUUAAUGUUUCUGAAGCUUGAAUUUUGCUCUAAACUACGUGUAUCCUUGUCGUGGUGAGAAAUGUUCAGCAAAUAGUCCCUUAGAGCUAUCGAAAGAUCACUCUGUUUUGCAGAAAUUAAGUGUGGAUUUGGUCGGUACUCAGUUAACCAGAACUGUCUUUGUCUGCA